AUGUCGUACAAUCUCUCACCACAAGCUGCUGUAAGCCGUGAGUCCUAUUUAUGGACCAAAAGGGCAGACUUUCGUCUUGACACUGAAGCGCGCAAACUUUACCGCGAAAUUGUAUGCUUGGAUCACAGUCUCCGGAAUCUCAGGCCUCAACUAGACAUCAACACACGCGAUCUCGAGAAAAUAGGCUUCUACAGCACAAAGGCCAAACUCAGCUGGUUCGGAUCGCUGCGUCGACGAAUAAACGAGCGGUUGGAUCAACAGAAACAACGCGAUCGUCAGAUUGAUCAGAUACGCACCCAACUCCUAGUAGUCCAGAUUCCAUUGGAUAAGAAGAACAUAGCCAGGAGAGAGGCGAGGCUAGCCAAGCUUCGGGCAAAAUUUGAACCGAGGAUCCGGUGGAAGAGUCAGGAGGCUCAGCAGGAUUACCAGAAAUGGCUUAUUGAAGCGAGGAGACGAGAAGAUGAGAUGAAGAAAUGGAAGAUAGAGCAGAAGAAGAGGGACAGGGAACAGUGGGAGGAUAAGUGGGAAAGCACGUGGCAGGAGUUUCUUUUGAGCAACGGAGCCAAGACAAAGGUUUCUAGAGGACACCCUGAACUGUGGGGUUCUUUGCUUCUGUAG